GUGAUCUGUGACGUAGUGCCUCCGCUGCUGCAGGGGGGGGUUUCCAUCAUGGCGUCGAUGCAGAAAAGGCUGCAAAAGGAAUUAUUAGCCAUGCAAAAUGAUCCACCCCCAGGAAUGACACUCAACGAAAAAAGUGUACAAAACACCAUCACACAGUGGAUCGUAGACAUGGAGGGAGCGUCUGGCACACUCUAUGAAGGAGAGAGAUUUCAGCUGCUUUUCAAAUUUAGCGGUCGAUAUCCUUUUGAUUCACCUCAGGUAAUGUUCACAGGAGAGAAUGUACCGGUCCACCCUCACGUGUAUAGCAACGGUCACAUCUGUCUAUCUAUUCUCACGGAGGAUUGGUCGCCUGCUCUCUCAGUGCAAUCAGUCUGUCUUAGCAUUAUCAGCAUGUUGUCCAGCUGCAAAGAAAAGAGACGACCGCCCGAUAACUCCUUUUAUGUAAGAACGUGUAACAAAAAUCCAAAGAAGACAAAAUGGUGGUAUCACGACGAUACAUGCUAAUGUACAAACUUUGUAAUAAUCGUAGAAGGAAGAAGUCCGACUGACCUACGUUAAGCACUUUUGAAAUCAUUCAGUCUUUGAACUCUGACCUUUGACUGGAACAAUGGACACCAUGCGCUGGCGGCUCUUUGUCUGCAUUACCCCCCCCCCCCCCCCCCCCCCCCCCCCCCCCCCAUGGGAUGCAUGUUUUAGCCGGUUGUAAAAUAGCGGGCGAUGAUAAUGGAACGUUUUAGAUGCACCCAAGAUGGAUGGUUAUUUGGCAGGAAGCUGGUAAAGCAGACGAGUCGUAGCGAGAUCAUUAUAAUUCCUGUUUUUUUUUUAUCGUGACUUUGUGUGUGGUUGCUUUUCUUUCCCUUUUAAAGUUCCUUGUUUUGUGCAAUAAUAAUAAUAAUAACCGAUGGAUGCAUGCUGGGGGUCUGCAAAGAGAAAUCCAAAUCGUCUUUUUCCGGAAUGGAUCGGGCCGUCACGGAAACCCAAGACGACGCUUCAUCCGUUUGAUUUGAAAUGAUACGCUUCGAGGCACCUCUGGUCGUCCUCUUCUCACAGUUACCGAGGGACACUUAGUUAUCAGGUUUAAAAGGGGGUGUAGUUUGUAACCACUGUAUCGAGUAAACACCAUUUUCUUCAUCUUCCAACCUGAGAUGUGGUCGCAGCUCUCGGACAAACGUCGGUACGGAUGCGAGUUAAACAAAUAACAUAAUAGCGGACGAACAUCUUGUAGAGUCGUCCAGAUUUCAAGGUUUGCAGCGGCCUCUCUUCCAUUUAACGAAUGUCUGAUCCACUUUUUAUUUGUAUGAUACGGUUGUUUUAUUUCAUGCUUUAAUCUUUUUUUUAAUGUUGAGUUAUUUUAAGCUUGAAAAGGAGAGUUGGGUCAGUAGGUUUUUGUAUUUGUUAUUUAAUUUGUGAUCUCCAGAAUGAGGAAGAGGAGUCUUAACAGAAGGAAAAGACAACCGGCCCUUUUUGAUUCCCCUGGUCAGAGUUUUGGCUCAGGUACUUUUUUCAAUAAAAGAGAUCGCCUCUAAAAACAUAAAUAACCAGAUAUUUUAACUAUAUUUUCACCAAAAGAGACGGUUAUGUUGCAACCUGACACGUCUGAUCUAUUGUACAUAAACCGGUGGCGGUAGUUAGCAGAGGAUGCAUUUACUUUAUAGCAGGGUGACGAUAGGAGGGCUUUAUUUCAUUGGAAGACAGUCUGGCUGUUAAAGUUUUACAGUGGGGGUGCAUGCCGUUUCAAACCCUACUUUUUCUUAUUGGCAUCAUGUGACACCUUUUUCCAUAACGUUAGGCAACUCCUUUCCUAUAAAGAAAGCCACUCAGACAUACUUGAAUUGUUCCAUCUUGGGUUUGUUUGUAUUUUAUUUCGCAGGGUCUGAGUGAGUGCGAUGAUACUCUGAACUGUAGAGCACACCGCUAUCUCCAAAACGACAUGGAUAACAUAAAGACAACUAUUUAACCAAUGACUUUCGAUUUUAUUAGCUUCAUUGUUAGGGUCUGCCGAGGAAGGGCCUGAUUGCAGUCGUGUUUUCGGGGGGUUUAAAUCCCUCCUGUAGGAUCAGAAGAGAUUUGAAAAACGUUACAAAGGUUAUUAUUUAGUAUUUCUUCUUUAGUUUUCUUCUUCCUGCUCCAUGUGGUUUGAACUCUUAGCUUGCAGGUUGUUGUGAGUGAUCAACACUAAUGAGGGUGUUUAUUUAUAUUUGACAUUUUGUUCUGCGAUGCGCAAGCUCCAUGUAAAAGGUGCCUGUUCAUUUUCAUAAUCAAUAAUAAAAGCAAAGAUUCACUUUUAUUCAA